CUACAUAACCGGCCGGUUAACCAAAAGUCACCACCGCGGCCGUACGAGAAUCGAGCUCCAUCAACCCUUCAAAACACCACCUGCAACCCCUCUUACGCCCCUCGGGUCGCUAUAUACAAUGUUCUCUACAUCAAGAAUACUCAUCCAAUCAUGGCGCGUUGCAAGACCCGUCCGCAACCUCUCCAAGCACGCCCGCGCCGCCCUCCCAUCCGGUCAAAUCAUCACCGUCGACGAGCGUUUCGGUACCCUCAUAUACAACCCUCCCUCUGCAGCUCCAUCACCCCUCAUCACACCCUCCGCGUUCAUCCCCGCCCAUGCCCGCGUGCAAGUACCAGUACCCAACACCUCAUCACCAGAAACCUCCACCCUACCCCCAGCAUUGAGGAACAAGGACAAACACGAGAAGAAAUACCACCUCACCGAGAAAGAAUUCGAGCAGAUCCGACAGUUGAGAGCGGAGGGUGUCAGCAGACUCGAGAUUGCGAGGCGGUUUGACUGUAGUCCUUUUGUUGUUGGGAUGGUUGCGCCGCAGAAGAAGGAGGCUAUUGAGGAGCAGGAGAAGGGGUUGAAGGAGCGUCAGAAGCAUUGGUCGAAGAGGAAGCUGAAUGACAGACAUGACCGUGUGCGCAGGAGGGCGCUUUGGGGUUUGGAUGAGGUUAUGUAAGGAGGACGUGGAUAGGAGAUGAUACGAGGUGGCAAGGAAGAUUGUAUUGAAAGUAAAAGGCUUUCUUCCCUGAGUUGUGUUGUAGCUGUCAUGGAAGCAGGAGCCCCCUUCACACCCGUGGGAAUCCCAGCAUCAUAUCCUCCAACCCCACAAAACUGAACCUCCUCACCAAUCUGGGACGUUUCACCAUCCUCGGCAGGACCUCCCAGUCAUCAUCCAACUUCUGAUCGCACCGCUUGUUCUUCUGCCGUACUGGUACGAAGGCUGAUGUUGGUUCCAGCGCCGGUGGUCGACGGGUCGCUGGUGACGUUGUCCUCACAUUCCGAUUCACCGGGGUCGGGAUCAUAGUCUGUUCUCGCCCCCGUUCGCGAUCAAUCCUCAACAACACCAACCUCCCCUC